AUGGAGACGAAUUCAAAGAAGUCGGCCUCUUUCUCGCGGCAAGACUCCGCUGAUAGUUGUGAACGCGAUACAUCCGCACAGAGGACGGGGUCUCCCUCGCCCAUGAGCAAUGGAAGCGACCUGCCUGCCCUACCCGGCGAGGAGACUGCUGUGCCGCCUGAGGCACUCAGUUAUCAGCCCAAGCCCGAUGAAAUUUACAAGCCGAUUGGAAAUGGUCUCUUUGUUCGGCUAAUCUUCGGAGAUCUCCCACUCACGCCGUACGAAAUGGGCGAAGUCGCGAAGGUGAAGGAGACGCUGAAACGCGAUCCAAGUGUGCUGAGCGGAACUGUCUUUUCAGACGACCGCUACAUUGUCCGGUUUCUUCAAGGCAAUGACUGGAACGUCGAAAAGUGUGUUGCCGAUAUGAAGAGACAUCUUGUUUGGCGACGAGACCAUCUCCCCAUCCCCGCAGCGAAAGUGUUGCCGCUUCUGCCCAAGGGCUACUGCUACGUUUUCGGGCGCGACAAGUGUCGUCGCCCAAUAUUCAUCAUUCGCUGCAAAGAAUUCAUCAGUGCCAACCCGACCGAAGUUCUCCCCGUCGUGCUGUUUUGGCUCGAGGUGACGAUUCACAGGCUGCUCGUGAAGAACAAAGUGGAGCAGUGGCGCGUCAUUAUUGAUCUAGAUCAGUGCUCCGCGUUGAGCGCGCCUGUGGGCAUUCUUAAGGAUAUUGCGGACACACUUACGCGGAACUACCGGGGUCGCCUAAGCCAGAUGCUGAUCAUCAACUCUGGUUUUGUUUUCUGGAGUCUAUGGCAGCUCGUCAGUGUUGUCCUGCCAGAACGAACGAAACAAAAAAUAUGUUUGUACACUACGAACUACCAGGCCGAUUUGUUUUCACACGUCCAAAAGAAUCAAGUGGAAGAGCGCUAUGGGGGCACCUGCGCUAAUGUGACCAACUUUGCCGGUAUCUACAUGCCACCCGGACCGUUCUCGUGA